AUGCGUGUGUAUCUUGCACCUGAUGCAUCCCCUCUCCCAGUACUGAUCAAGCUUUGGAAUGAUUUUUAUCCCUCCGCCUUCCCCUGCGAAUACGCUCCCACCUCCCAUAAUGUCAAACUCCUAAAACUGCCUCCACAAUUGAUUGAAGUUUUUGGAGAAAUCUCGCCGAUAAACUCUCACAAGGACCGCAGUUUCGUGUCUCUAGUAUGUAAAGAUUGUUACAACGCUGAGCGGUGGAGCAAACAUCAUGUGUUUAUCGGAAAUUACUACUCGACGCCGCCAAAGAUUGUAGCUAAGAGGAUUCCUCAGAUUCGGAGCGUAACCUUGAAGGGGAAACCGAGGUUUCCAGCUUUCAAUUUAGUACCGGAUGAGAGGGGAGCUGAUGUUCAUCCAUGGUUGAGUGUUCUCGCCAAAGCGUAUCCAUUCUUGGAGGAGCUGAGACUGAAGAGAAUGGCAGUUUGCUACUCAUUGCAGGUGGUUAAUAGUUCGAUCUUUGCUCUAUCAAACACAUUGAUCACAAGCAACACAUCUACUUCUAUAAAUUCUAAUUAUAUUGAUACUCAAGAGAUGUUGCAUAUGGAUAGCAAACAUGAAGCUGCUAGUGCUUAUGCUGAUGCAGCUCACUCAUACAAGAAAACAAGCAGCAAAGUUAACCUAGAGCAAGCAUUAAACAGUUUCAUGGAAAUUGGAAGACUCAGCAUGGCUGCCAGAUAUUGCAAGGAAAUUGCUGAGUUAUAUGAACAUGAGCAAAAUUUGGAGCAAGCUAUUGCUUACUAUAAUAAAGCAUCUGAUCUUUUUCUGGGUGAAGAAAUAUCAGAAAGCUAUUUUUCUAGUAGUGUCUUUCAGCAUCCUUCAAACCAAUUGCAACUAUUUGGAAAUGUUCCAGCCACACAUCAUGUUGAUCCAAUAAAUUAUUAUGGUAGAGAGCAUAAUAGCCUUGCCUUAUGGCCCAAUAAACAAUCAAGGGAAGUUGAUACUAAUUUAAUGCAGAAAAAGCUUCCGAGAUCAUUGAACCAAAAAUUUUAUAAUGAAGAAUCUGAUCACCCGUCAAGCAUUCCAAACCCACAUAUUGUAUCCACUGGUUUGAAAUUAUCAUAUGAUGAUGAGGAAAGAAACUCCUUAAUCACUUCAGCAAGUGGAAGCAUGACUGGAGCAGCACCACUUAUGUCUUCUUUUGGUGAUAGUUUCACAACUGAACUUGAUCGACAGAAUGAAGAACUUGAAAGAUACAUUAUGCUUCAGGGAGAAGUAUCUCAGUUGCAAAGCGUGAUUAAUGGGGGAACUGGAACUGGAAAUCAUGAAAAUGAUGCUUGGGCGGUGGGAUCUCCGGGAGGCUUCAGAUGGGAAGGGUUUCAAGGAUCAUUUAGUCCAGUUACUGUUUUUAAACGGAUGUCGCAGGCAAAACAAGGGGAAGAUGAGAUACAGGGUUUGGAAUUGAGAUUAAGGUUUCGUAAGGCUGCAGUAAAGAGGCUUGAGGGUGUGGACAAAGUGAGAGAAGUUGAAGGAAACCUUGAUUUUUCCAACAAGGAUGUCGGGUGA